UUUAAGACAAAAAACACUCCAAACUGGCAUCAUAAUGCGUACCAUAGAGGGUUAAAUUUCAGUUUUAAAUGUCACAUCCUGUGUGUAAUCAUUAAAUUAUGGCAUAAAUGUGGCGCCACGCUGUCAUGAAUGUUGAUUUUUAUAUUGAGGAGCGUGCCACGUGUCAGUGUUUGAGGUUGUUCUGCAGACACAGACACACACAGCUCCGCAGGGCGCUCUCUGCUAUUGUGUCGUCCAUUUAUAUUGAAAUAUUCUGCAUUAUGGAGAUCACAUCCUUGCUCACAUCACCCUGCCCCGCCAACCACUUGAAACACGGCGUUGAUGAUGUCUUUUGAAGCGAGAGAGAUUAUCGCUCUCCAUACCUGCCUCGCACAAUACGCCACGCCGCUCGGAAAGCAACUGCUAUUCAAAUAUUGUUUUGAUAGGUCAUGGAAGUUUGUAAUUUGAGAAUAAUGCAUUUCAUUUGGGCUGCCUAACAGGUUUUAUCAUCAUGAUAUCCUCAUGGGAGUCAGUGAUUGUCAUGCUGGUGGCGUUGGCGAAUGGAGCGAGAAAUGAGGAUGACAUACAGCCGUGUGCAGUCGUCAUGACGACCAGCCCCGUGGUGCGUUUGGGGUCUCCCGUCACGGCCACAUGUGUCAUCAGAGACAGCUGCCCUCUGGUCGCCGGGCAAGCCCUACAGAUAGACUGGCGCCUCAGAGAUCGGAUCCUCCCCGGUACCAUGGCAACCAAUGAGAACGCCACAGUCUCCGAGGUUGUCAUAGCGAACUUCAACCUCACCAGGGAGUUCCUCACCUGCUGCGUCCAGGCCUCUCCUGUAGGAGGAGUGGAGAUCAGAGCGGGAUAUCCACCUGAAGCUCCACAGAACCUCAGCUGUCAGACCAACCUCACCACCCCCAACACCCUGACCUGUAGCUGGGCCCCCGGACCCCUGGAGACCCACCUGACCACCAAAUACACCCUCCACACCCAGAUAUGGGACACGGACGAGAACCAGACAUACGAGCUGCAGCCGGGAGUCCACCGCUACACCAUCCCUCGCUCCGGCUUUGUCCUCUUCUCAGAUAUGGAAAUAUACGUGAAGGCGGUGAAUGAACUGGGAGAAGCAGCCUCAGCUCCCAUCAUUCUGGAGCCCAUCAGUUCAGCUAAGUUUGACGUGCCAACAAUAGAGAAGGUCCAAGCGGUGCCUAAAAGGUUGGGCUGCCUGAAGCUGAGCUGGACUUUAUCCCAGCAGCAGGCCUGGAUGCGGGACUACCGCCUCAACGUGGAGGUUCGACUAAAGACCGCUGACAGCAGCCAGUGGAGUGAACCACCAAUCCUGUUGAGCCGGGUCAGACCAACCAGAUCUGUGGACCAGUGCCGUCUCCUCCACGGCACUCAGUAUCUGGCCCAGAUUAGAGUCAGAUACCAGCAGAGUCCCUGGAGUGAGUGGAGCAGCAGCCAGUCUGGAGUCACCUUGGAAAGUGCUCCCACCGGACGUCUAGACUCGUGGAUGAAGGUAUCGGGGGAUCACAUGCACAAACAACUCAAAAUGCUCUUGUUUUGGAAGCCAUCGAAACAAUUCCGUGCCAACGGCCAAAAUGUGUCAUACAUUGUGUGGGUGAACGAGCUGCCAGGAGAACAGGGGAAGCUUUGCUCUACAAAGGAGAGUUACUGUACGUUCCUGCUCCCCAGGAGAGUAAAGAGAGUGUACCUGAGUGCUGUGAACGGAGCAGGGAAGUCCUCCCGCACUGAAGUUCGGAUUCUCCUUCCUAAAGCUCGUGACGUGAUAUCAGAUGUCUCAGUCAUUCCUCAUGACGACACAUCCCUACUGGUCCAGUGGAAGAACCUGGACCCUUCCGGUCUUUCUAGUUUAGUGGUGGAAUGGGGACCUUUGGUAAAUGCAGACGUCUCUCUCACCCGGUUUGAAAUAACCAACAAAACCCAGACACGCCUUGUUUUAACAGGCAGCUUUGAGCCCUACAAGCCCUACGGGAUCUCUGUGUAUCCGAGGUUUAAGGACGGGAUCGGCCUUCCUCAGACUGUUAAUGCCUACUGGAGACAAAAGGCUCCAUCCAUGGUUCCAAAAAUACAACUUAAAAAGAUCUGGGAUUCACAUGUUGAGCUAACCUGGGAUGAAAUCCCAUUAGAGCAAAGGAACGGUAUUAUCCAGAAAUACAGAGUCUUCUACUGGGAUAAGAACAGACCAGUUAAAGUUGUGAAUGCUGACCUGGAGGAGAGGACCGUGGUCCUCAAAGACCUCAACGCCGCCUCUCUCUAUGAAGCUUUCCUCAUGGUCAGCACGUACGGUGGGAGCCUCAACGGGUCCACGACUCAUUUCAAAAUUGAGAGCUUUGAUCAGGUUGCUGUUGUGAUUGUAACCGUGUCCUGUGUUGGACUGUCAUUCCUGAUCGUCUUCGUAGCCAUGGCCUGUUUCUCCAACAAUAAAAGGCUGAAGGGGCAUUUCUGGCCGGCUGUUCCAGAUCCAGCUAACAGCAGCAUCAAGAGAUGGACGUCAGAAUCAUCACAGGAUUCCCAUCUUUCCUGGGACAGCGAGGAGCCCAACCCCAUGUACCUGUCCCACCUGAGCUUCCUGGACCUCCCAGUGAAACUGAGUAAAGAGGACGAUGACCCGUGGUUGAGCAGCUCAGAGGACACCAGUGACCUGGGAGACUCCAUCUGUGGCUCCCCGUUCAUCCCUGGAUACUCUGGAUCCAACAGCGACUCGGUGCCCUACGCUACUGUGGUCUUCUCUGGUCCCUGCAGCAGCCCCACACCCAGAGACCCCCAUGUCUACCUGCGCUCCGAGUCCACGCAGCCCCUCUUGGAGACUGAGGAAUCCUUCAGUCCAAAGUGCUACCAGAACAUGGGAUCUAAUGGGAUGCCCAGUGAGCAGUGUUUUUUCGGACCGUGCCAUGAUUCUGAACCUGAAAAGGGGGCAGACCUGUCCAUUCUGUGGGAUGACUUUCCUUUUCUUCGAGCAUUACGCUCAAAUGAUACUGAAAAUUACUAAAAAAGUACUUUAAUGACUUUGAUGCACAACACAUUGACA